CUUUAAUCUAUCAAGGGUACAAUCAUUUCUAUGAAUAAGCGUAAACAUGGCGAACCACCGGGUUAAGAUACCUGGAUACCCGGAUGACUUAUACAAAUCGAUUGAAUUCCCCUGUAUUUUCACCAGUUAUUAGUUUCUCUGUGUUAGCUCGGGAUUUAUUAAUCAACAGGUAGUUAACGGUUAACCCGAGGUUAGUUAAUACAUACUCUCGAAAUGAGUUUCUUAAGAAUCGUACAGAGGAGCAUAACGUCUCAAUCACGACUUUCUGUGAAAUCCAACUUUCAAAGACCAAACCUACCACUCAUAAUGACACGAUUAGCAUCCAGCAGAGCACCAAAGCUCAACGACCCCUCCCUUUUCAAGACGGAUGUCUGUUAUGUAAACGGAGAAUGGGUCAAAGCAGCGUCGGGUCAGACCUUCGAGGUCAACGAUCCAGCUACAGGGGACUUCAUUGGCACCUGUCCCGAGUUCACCGGCAAGGAUACCGAAAAUGCCAUUGCCGCAGCAGCCGCGGCGUUCCCGAGUUUCCGGACAAAAACCGGUCGUGAGAAGGCCAAGUUGCUUCGCAAGUGGUAUGACCUGGUAGUAGAGAACUCGGACGAUCUUGCCAAACUUAUUACGUGGGAGAACGGAAAGCCUCUUGCGGACGCGAAGGGUGAGGUAGCUUACGCUGCCAGUUUCUUCGAGUGGUUUAGCGAGGAGGCCCCUAGAAUAUACGGCGACUCGAUACCGGCUACCGUAGCGGGCAACAGGGUCGUGACCAUCAAGCAGCCUGUCGGUGUAUGUGGUUUAAUUACCCCGUGGAACUUCCCUGCUGCUAUGGUCACCCGCAAACUUGGCCCUGCUCUGGCUGCCGGCUGCACAGUCGUCGUCAAGACGCCUAGUGAGACUCCUUUUACCGCACUUGCCUUGGCUGAGCUAGCGCACAGAGCCGGAAUCCCGAAAGGUGUCGUCAACUUCGUGACCACCCACAAGCACACUCCCGAGGUUGGAGAGACGCUAGCGACUCAUCCUACCGUACGAAAAGUGUCGUUUACAGGAUCGACUGGUGUAGGCAGACUACUCAUGAAGCAGGCAUCUCAAACUUUGAAGGUCCUGUCUAUGGAGCUGGGAGGCAACGCGCCGUUCAUCGUGUUUGACGACGCCGACGUAGAUGCGGCUGUGGCGGGUGCCGUCGCUUCUAAGUUCCGCUCGUCCGGCCAGACCUGCGUGUGCGCCAACAGGAUAUACGUCCAAAAGGGCAUUUACGACGAGUUCGCACAGAAGUUUGCAGAGAAGGUCAAGGGAUUCAAGGUUGGCAACGGGUUUGACGAAGGCACCACCCACGGACCUCUGAUCCACGACCGGGCCGUCUCCAAAGUAGAAGCUCACAUCAAGGACGCCGAGAAGAAGGGAGGUAAGGUAGUUGUCGGUGGGCAGAAACGACCGGACUUGGGCGCCAAUUUCUAUCAACCUACUGUGAUCACCGGUAUGACCAAGGAUAUGGCCAUCGCGGGCGAGGAGACAUUUGGACCCGUGGCUGGGUUAUUCCCCUUUGCUACGGAGCAAGAGGUGGUAGAUCUGGCAAACUCCGCCGAGGUUGGUCUAGCAGGUUACUUCUUCUCGCGAGAUCUAGAGCGGAUUACGAGAGUGGCUGAAGCGUUGGAAGUGGGAAUGGUGGGAAUUAAUACAGGUUUAAUCUCAGACACUGCUUCGCCGUUCGGCGGCGUAAAACAGUCCGGAUUUGGUCGGGAAGGAUCUAAGUACGGUAUCGACGAGUACUUGAACAUCAAGACGAUAACGUGGGGAGGCAUGAACAAGCCGCUACAAAGUUGAAUGUCUACCGCGAUGUAAUCUAUGAUACCAGCUUUAAGGGAUUUAAAAAAGAAAGAAAGGGAAAACUAAAAAAAAACUAAAUUGAACUGUAUGACUAGAGUAAUUCAGUAAUGAUUAUCUGAUAUCACCUA